AUGACCAAUCCAAUCGCCGUACAAAUGCACAAACCACCACAGAGUCGAAAUGAGAUUUUACCGAUUUGGAGUGAACACGGUGCUUCGAUCAUUCUCGAAUUGUUGCGACUUUUGGCCGCUCUAAAAGAUACCUCAAAAGCACAUAAAGAUCAAUAUUGGAGAUCAUUGAGAGAUGAACGCUUGGUGCCUUUUUUAGGUUUUGCUUUAACAAAUGGAAGACAUGAACAGGUUUAUAAUGCCUUAGUCGUUCUAAAUCACUGUGCUCAAGUGCACGAUUUUCCGACAAGAAGACUUGCUGAUAUGAUUGCAUCAAAUAUCAUUGAAAAACGCUUAAAAGAAAAUCCCUUGUCGAGUUCAGCCUCUUUGAAUACAAGCAACGAAGCGAGAAGAUCAACUGAAACCGAGGUCAUUUUCGAGCCAAUAAACCAAGAGUUAAAUGGAAAAAACGUGAGAAAAGUGCUCGAUGAUGUGCUGGAUCGAUUGAGGAGAGAUUUUGAUCACGGAGCGCUUAAACAAUCCGAUGUGGUGGCCGUUUAUGAAGGGAAAAUUGCACAAAUGCUACGAAAAGAAAAGAGCUUGAAGAUAUCAAAAAUGAGAACAUUGAUCACAGAAAAUGAGCGCCUCGUUGAUGAGAAGAUGAAGACAGAAAAGGAACUCUUUGAUGCAUUGACGGCAAAAGAUUUACUCGUUGAAGAGAAUCGACGUGAAGUGGAUUUGAGUGGACAAUUGAGACAAGCUGCGAAAGAAAUGAAGGAGAAAUUUGAGAGAGCUUCGACACUCGCCCUCGAGAAACAGCAACGAUGCGAGGAGCUGCUUGAAGAGAAAAAAGUGCUCACAGCUGAUCUAGCUGAAUCCCGUCAACAAUCGGCCACUCUAUCGGUGAAUAAAGAUAAUGAGAUCGAUGAGUUGAAGAAGAGUUUAUCGGAGACGAGGAAACGAGCGGUAUUUUCCGAGGAAGAGUUGCACGCGUGCAAAGAGAAAUUGACACGAGCGGUUGGGGGACGAGAACAAAAAGAAGAGGAAAUGAGAAGAAAUUUCGAAAUCGAACGAGUGCAAUAUCAAAAAGAUUUCUCUGCAAUGAAAAAUCGUUUGGAAGCCGAGAAGAAAGAGAUGCAGGAAAGGUUAUCCCUGGUGGAAGCCGAGUGCGAGAAAACUCGCCAAGAAAUCGAAAGAGUCAAAAGAAUUCGCGAGGAAAUGCUCAAAUUGGCUGGGAAUUUU